UCCCAUCUCCAAUCUCCCAGCAGGCUCUGUAAAUUUUACUGCAAAAGUAUCAGAAAAAGCAGAGCAAAGCUCCUCUAUCCAUUCCAUGCUCAUCACUCUCCAUUAUCCAAUGCCAACCAUCAUCCACUACCCUCCUUAUCAUCAACUCUAAAACACCUAUAUUUAUUCCACAAACGUGCUUUCAUUCCAUUCUCUUUCCCUCUCUCCAGAAAAUUCCCAAACCCAGACCUCCAAACACAAACAGAAGCUGUCAUGGUCCCUUCCAUGGCUGCCUUCUUCUUCUUCCUCAUCCUCUUCACUCUCCUUCCUUCCUUCAUCUCCCCUUCCCCAAUCACCCUCCCUCUGCAACAACAUCUCCUCCCGCCCACUUCCUUCUCGAGCCCUUACCAGAAUCUCAACUCCCUCGUCAACUCUUCCCUCACCAGAGCCCACCAAAUCAAACACCCUGCAAACCGGCAAUCUGCGACUUCCACCUCCUCAGCUUCCGAUUUCACCGCCAAAACCGAGCUCUCCCCACACAGCUAUGGCGGCUACUCCACUUCCCUCAGCUUCGGAACCCCUCCCCAAACCCUCUCCUUCGUCGUCGACACAGCCAGCAGCUUCGUCUGGUUCCCCUGCACCACUCACUACUUCUGCGAGCAUUGUGUCUUCCCUUCACCCACCUCCCGAAUUCCCUCUUUCAUCCCCGUGCUCUCCUCGUCUUCAAAAAUCGUCGGCUGCAGAAACCCCAAAUGCUCCUGGAUCCACGGCCGCCGCCGGCGGUCCGAACAGUGCGGGAAUUGCGGUUACAACGGCGGUGGUCGGCGGUCUAGGUAUUGUUCUCAGAUCUGCCCGCCGUAUCUAAUCCUCUACGGUUCGGGGACCACCGGAGGCGUCGCUCUCUCCGAAACCCUCCGAUUCCGUAACCUAACGAUCCCCAAUUUCCUAAUUGGAUGCUCCGUUUUCUCGUCUCGCCAACCCGCGGGAAUCGCGGGACUCGGCCGCGGCCGUUCCUCUCUCGCGAGUCAACUCGGGCUGGCUAGGUUCUCCUACUGCUUGCUCUCUCAUCAAUUCGACGACGACUCUGUUCGGAGCGGGUAUUUGGUACUUGAUUCCGGGUCGGACUCGGGUACGAAGACCCGAGGGAUGAUCUACACGCCAUUCGUUAAGAACCCAAUCGUCCUGAACAAGCCGGACUACUCCGUCUAUUAUUAUCUUGGUCUCCGGCGAAUCAGCGUCGGCGGGCGGCGCGUGGAGAUCCCGCACCGGCACCUGUCCCCCGGAAUCGACGGCAGCGGCGGGACGAUCGUCGAUUCCGGGACCACGUUCACGUUCAUGUCUCGCGGCGUGUUCGAGCCCGUGAGCAGAGAGUUGGUGGCGCAGAUGGAGAGGAGCAAUGGCAAUUACAGCAGGUCACGCGCCGCCGAGACCGCGACUGGGCUGCGGCCCUGUUUCCGGGUUCACGGGAAAGGCGCAGCGGCGUUUCCGGAGCUGAGGCUCCAUUUCAAGGGCGGCGCCGACAUGGUACUGCCCGUGGAGAAUUACUUCACGUAUGUCGGCUCCGGCGAGGUGGCGUGCUUGGCGGUGGUGACGGACGGGAUGGAAGAAGGGAGCGGCGGCGGGCCGAGCGUGAUACUGGGGAACUUCCAGAUGCAGAAUUUCCGGGUGGAGUAUGAUUUGGCGAAUCAGAGAUUUGGGUUCAAGCAGCAACCUUGCAGCCACCAUUGAAAUGGGUUUCAUUUCAAGAACUUACCUUCUUUUUCUUCUGAUCAAUUGUCAUUCUUAAUUCCUUUCUUUUCCCCGGUUCAAAGCUUCGUAAAGAAAUUGAUUCAUUCAUUAGGUGGUAAUAAGCAGGGAAAUAAUCUUAGACAUGUAUUUCCCAGUUCACACCAUUGUUAUUCUUUGUUCAAGUCUGUAACAGUGUAACCUUCUUCAGAAAAUGCAGUGUUUUGGUAAUACGACUCCAUUGUCGAUGAGAAGACAAUGACCAUGAUCUGAAAUCGUUGAAUUGCCUACACAUUUCUGUUCAUUUGAAUCGUACAUCGAAGUUGCUUAUAAAGACCAACAACUCCA